GGGGGUGGUGUAGAGCAGGGGAGCGUGGUGGCUGUGGCCGGUUGUCGCUGAGCUUUGACUCUGCCUCUUUCUGGACUCUGCCUUGGUUGUGCCUGGCCAGCACUCGCGCCCUCUUCACCUGCGCUGAGUCGCAGCUGGCAGGCGCAAGCAGGUUCAGGCAUUGCUUCUGCAGGAAGGAGAGCUGCUCGCUUUGUUUCAUUUCGCUUUUACGGACUGGGAAACGGUGCGGGAUCGCGGUUUUUCUGCUACUUUGCGCGUGGGCGAUAGUAGCUGGAUCGGCUGAGCAGGAGGUGUUGCAGCGUGUGGAGUGUUAGUGUAAGUCCGUGUUUGUGGUGAGUCGUGACCGAAAGUGGUGGUGGAGUAGAGUGUUGUUGGAGAGGAAAGGGUGAGGGAAGGGGGAAUCGAAAUAGCUCGAGAAAGCGGGCUGGUUAGGGUUUGGUAUAGGGCGGGGUUUUUUGCGAGGCUGGCACAAUGCCGUCCUAUGCAGAUGUAGACCGGCAGAUAGAGCAACUGACGGAGUGCAAGCCGUUGUCUGAGUUGGAGGUGAAGAACCUGUGUGAUCAGGCUCGGACGGUCUUGGUGGAGGAGUGGAAUGUGCAGCCUGUGAAAUGUCCCGUCACUGUGUGCGGAGAUAUCCAUGGCCAGUUUCACGAUCUCAUCGAGCUCUUCCGCAUCGGAGGCAAGGCGCCCGAUACGAAUUACCUGUUCAUGGGCGACUACGUGGAUCGUGGAUACUAUUCUGUUGAGACCGUGUCGUUGUUAGUGGCUUUGAAGGUGCGGUAUAGAGAUAGGAUCACAAUUUUGCGAGGGAAUCACGAGAGCAGGCAGAUUACUCAAGUGUACGGUUUCUAUGAUGAAUGUCUGCGAAAGUAUGGAAAUGCAAACGUGUGGAAGUACUUCACGGACCUUUUUGACUACCUUCCUCUGACAGCUCUUAUUGAGCACCAGAUUUUUUGCCUCCAUGGUGGUCUGUCUCCAUCACUCGAUACAUUAGACCACAUCCGUGCUCUGGAUCGUAUUCAAGAGGUCCCGCAUGAGGGGCCAAUGUGUGAUCUGCUCUGGUCUGAUCCCGAUGAUCGUUGCGGAUGGGGUAUUUCACCACGUGGUGCUGGUUAUACGUUUGGCCAAGACAUUGCAGAGCAAUUCAACCACACAAAUGGCCUUAGUUUAGUUGCACGUGCUCACCAGCUUGUGAUGGAAGGCUACAAUUGGUGCCAGGAUAAAAAUGUCGUCACAGUUUUCAGUGCUCCCAACUACUGUUACCGAUGUGGGAACAUGGCAGCCAUAAUGGAGAUAGACGAAACCAUGAAUCGAUCCUUCCUUCAAUUCGAACCAGCGCCGAGACAAAGUGAACCAGAUGUGACGCGAAGGACUCCGGAUUACUUUCUGUAAAACAUGGCCAACGCAUGGCAUCUGCUACUUCCCGACUUGUCAUGUAUAGUCACCCUCCAUGGAAGCGAUUUGCCACUGAAUGAAGAUAUUUCCUUAUGAUCUAGUAGCAGAAAAUUAUCAUCUUUGAAGUGUCUCCUCUUUCUCUGUACUAGUCCCACUAUAUAUUCACAAGUUUAUUUUCACAACUAAGGUUGUGUGAAUAUAAUUGUGAAGGAAGGAGCAGUACCAACACGAGCAAGGGUGAUUGUUGUUAGGGGAAGAAGUUGGCACUUGUUACUUCUGUUGGAUUAUAGACUUCUAAGGGAGAGAUGACGAUGGUGGAAACAAAGUUCAUCUCCACACUUCCUGUACAUGGUAUUUUCCUGGAGAUCCCAGAUUGUUUUUUUCUUUUGUGUCAAGUUUAUGUUCUCAUCAAUCCAAUUUUCUACUACACUCGGAGCAUUCUCCAGAGUCGUCUUCUACU